UUGCUAUUUUAGUCUAACAUCAGUAUUUUUUCAAUGUAUGAAUUCCAGCUUAACCAGCUUUACAGAGUUGGUCAUAAUGUUUCACAACUCAACCAUGUUUGAAAUGUUGCUGACGCAUGAUGAAGUAACACAAUUGAAGAAGUGGUAUAAAGUCUUAUAUAAAGUCUAUAAAGUCUUAGAGAAGAUUAGAGAAGAAAACAUUUACUGGAAUAAUUGUGAAUCGAAUCAUCACAACGAUAAACCAGGCACUUGAGCUCCAUCACUGCAAUGGGGGAUUAUUAUGACAUUUUGGAAAAUCCGAUGAGAGUGAUUUCUCUGGUCUUCUUCUACCUGACCUUGGUCCUCGGUGUUCCUGGAAAUGCCUUUGUCAUGUAUGUGGCUGGAUUGAAGAUGAAGAGGACUGUUAAUACAGUAGGGUUUCUCAAUCUAGCGAUUGCCGACCUCUUCUGCUGCCUUCUCACUCUUUACUAUGUGAUCGAGAGUGAUUUUGAUGAUUACUGGCCGUACGGACCCACAACUUGCAAGAUUUUUCACUUUGUUAUGCUCAUCACCAUGUUUGCCAGCAUUUUCAUCUUGAACUUGAUUAGUCUGGAUCGGUUUACUCAGGUGAUCACACCGGUUUGGGCUCAGAAUCAUCGCAGCCUGUUCAUCGCACGACUGUCCUGUGCAGGGGCCUGGAUUCUGGCUUUAAUUCUCAGUCUGCCUUUUAUGAUGUCAAGAACAAUUUACACAAAAAAUAAUAAAACAUACUGCGUGCAUUAUCAAUUUGAUUUAGACCAUUUAAAAAUGUAUAGAAGGAUAAGCGUUAUCAGAUUUGUGUUUGGCUUUUUGAUUCCUCUGAUAUGCAUCACAACAUGCUACGGAUUCAUCGCACGCAAGUUAGGCAGGAGUCAUUUUCACUCUGGACGAGCUUUUCGCAUCAUUCUGACUGUAAUUGUGGCCUUUUUUCUGUGCUGGCUGCCGUAUCACAUAGUGGAUUUGAUAAUAAUAUAUGGAGGGGAAUCAAGUUCCUCGGUAGGUUACGCACUGGAUCCGCUGGCCGUCUCUUUGGCGUAUUUCAGCAGCUGCCUGAACCCCAUUCUGUAUGUUUUCAUGGGGCAGGAUUUUAAGAGCAACGUUAAACUUUCUCUAAGACGUGUUUUUGAAAGAGUUUUCUCUGAGGAGGAAACACAAAUGACACACACCACCCAGUCACAGCAAACCCACUCACUGUAGUGAAGAUAUGAUCUCAUUCAGUUUUCUGAUCGAAUUGUAAAACUAUUUCAUUAUUUCUUUUCAAAAGUCAUCAAGUCAAACUCAGCAAGUUAUCUAACUUGUAUUCAUGAUUCCUGUUUUUUUUUUCACUCUCUCUAUUUUAAAAAAUAUAUAUUUUCAGUGUUUUGUGAUGAUCUGUUGCCAAAGUUUAACAUCAGAAUGAUUGAAUACUAUGCUUUAUUAUUAUAUUUUUUGGUUGUAAUCAUCUUAGAAAAAGCUUGUUAUAUUUUACUAAUAGUGGCAUGUGGUUUCUAUGCAGACAUUAUGAAGAAAAAUAAAAAAUGAAUAUACAUAAAUUAAAGGUUGCAACUGUGAGCAUAACAAAAACAUUUUAUUUUAUUUAUACAUAUUACAGUGAUUGUCAUUUUAUAAUUGCGCUGUUAUUUUUUACACUGUUGUGUUACGCAGUUAUCAUAUGAUAACUUAAAGCAAAGUGCAUGAUGUGCAAACAGUGUUUAUUAAAUAAAAUGCAAAAAAAGAACAGUUAAUAGAACUGAUAAUUUUUGUAAUGUUCAUUAAACAUUAAAUUCACUCAUUUGAAUUUUUAA